GGGAGUAGCAAUCUCUUGUUUGCUUGCACGCCAACGUCAGUAGGCUGGCGGGGCCUGCAGGUCACGACCCGUCGACCACCGGCAGCCAUGCAUCUUCCACGCUUCCCCCUGCUCCAGCAUACGCUUUCUCACUGGAUCUAUCGUAACUAGACGACGGCAUUCGCCUUUGUUCCUAUGGACGCAUACAAGUUUGCGCAAUCCGUUGUUUCUUUCUUGCACCAAUCACACACGCCCAUAUUUGUGGAAAAAUCGCGGACUAAUAUGCCGAUCAUGUCGCCGUCAUCGCCACCACGUCGGCCGGACAGACACCAAUUAAUCAUGAGCCACUUCGAUCGCGUCCCUUGCCCCGUCUUCCUCUCCUCUCUAGGUAAGGUUGACCGUGGAAUCGUUCUCGAAUCUGCUACAAAUCCAACAACAUACGCCCGGCUUCGUUUCUUGGCUUCCCGUGAUUUUGCCUUCCGUAGGCUGCGGCAUGAAGUACAAGAAGGGCGACGGUGCCGACCAGCCCAACGACGACGGCGGGAUGAACGGGAGCCGCGACGCGCCGCCCAGCAUCGAGCUGGACAUCAUCCAGCACCACGGCGGUGGCGGCGGCGGCCUCGGCAGUGGCGGCGGCGGGUCGACGUCCUUCUUCGAGCCGACGUGGCGCGAGGACACGCCGGUCAGCGGCGGCAGCGGGCAAGGAUGCAGCUCGGGCAGGAGAGGCGGGCGCGAGCCCCCGGAGAAGCGGCUGACCCUGUUCGCGCUCCGGCUGGCCGUCCUGGAGAAGGCGGCGAGCGGGCUCGGGACGCUGGCCUUCGCGUGGGCCACCGUGGUGCUGCUGGGCGGCUUCGCCAGCGACCUCACAAACACCGACUUCUGGUGCGUGACCGUGAUCCUGGUGGGCGAGGGCGCGCGCGUCUUCAGCCGCAGCCACGAGCUGGAGUGGCAGCACCACGCCACCCUCACCUCCACCGCCGGUGGCGCGCUGCGCUCCAGCUCCCGCGUCAUCCGCCGCUUCGUGCACGCCCUCGCCGCCCCAGACGACACGCGCGCCAGGGCGGCGCAGUUCCAGCGCCAGGUGGUGCUCCUCAUGAAGCAGCGGACCUGGCACGCGCCCGACGUGUCCCUGCUCCCUUACACCGGCUGGGUGUUCCUGUCCAAGAGGAUCGGCAGGGUGCUAAACUGGCUCCAGGUGCUCUCGGCGUCCGCCUGCGUCGCGCUCUCCGUGAUGCGCCUCUGGAAGCACGACUACUUCGGCGCCGGCGCCGAGAACAAGAAAGACAACAUGCGGCCGGCGCUCCUGCUCUUCUACACCGUGGCGCUGGUGGAGGCGUCGCUGUUCCUGCUCGAGAAGCUCUACUGGAUCUGGAAGGUCUCCGUCUGCAAGCUGCUCGACCAGGUGAGCGCCGACUGCGACCUCGGCGCCUACGGGCUCGUGUCGCUCAAGCGCUUCUUCUACGACGCCUACUCGCGGUGCAUCUCCGGGAGCAUCUUUGACGGCAUCAAGAUGGACCUCGUCACCUUCGCCGAGGAGCUCAUCCUGUCCGACUUCCUGGACGAGCAGCUCAUCGGGGUGCGCAUCCUCCAGCGGUUCGCCAACAGCAAAAGCGGCUCCGCGGGGGACACGCUGCGCAAGGUCGGCACCAACCCGCGCUCCAUCGAGCGGGUCGUCGAGAUGCUCAACUGGAAGCGCCCCGAGGAGGAGGAGGUGCGCUGGUGCGCGGCCGAGGUCGUGUCCAAGCUCGCGGGCAAGCGCCAGAACGCGCUGCGCGUGUCGGGCAUCCCGGGCGCCAUCGAGUCCGUCAUGUCCCUGCUCUACACAGGCCGGGGCGCGCCCGCGUCCGCCGGGGACCCGCAGGCGCUCGCCGCGGGAGCGCACGGACGGAGCUACGACUACCUGCAGUUCAACCUGCUGGGCCUAAGGAUACUCAAAAAGCUGUCGAGGGACCACGACAACUGCGGCAAGAUCGGCAACGCGCGCGGCCUGCUCGCCAGGAUCAUCGGCUUCACGCACGCCUCGCAGCCCCUGCUCCGCAACCCGCUGGCGCCGGACUCCCAGGUGCGCGCCGUGAAGCGCGCGCUCCAGGUGGUGAAGAUGCUGGUGUACACGACGGGGGCCACGGGGAAGGCGCUCCGGCGGGACGUCGCGGAGAACGUGUUCACGGUGAGCAACCUCCGCGGGAUCCUGCAGCACGGGCAGCAGCACAUGGACCUGCAGAAGCUGGCCAUGGACAUCCUCACGGGGCUGGCCAUGGACGACAGGGCCAAGGAGAUGAUCGUGAGCACCGGAGGCGUCGUCAAGCUGCUGCUGUCGAUAUUCGCCGUCAACGUCAACGCCGACGAGUGCGAGCUUGGGCGCGAGGCCGCCGAGACGCUGGCGAUGCUGGCCUUGGAGAGCGAGGCCGGCUGCUCGGCCAUCCUCAAGAGGGACGACGUGCUCGAUCAGCUCGUGUCGGCGUUGGAUGACAAGGAUGUUCGAUCUCUCAACGCCGCGAGGGUGCUGCGGAGUCUGUGCGCCUACUCGGGGGAUGAGCAUCGGACGCGCCUCAGCGCGGUCACCAAGGCUAUGCCGGCGGUACUGAGAGGCACCAUGACCGGAAGCGACAAGACCCUCGAGGUGUGCGUCGGCCUGACGACGCAGAUAUGCAGGUUCAUCGACGGCGAGCGGUUCGCGGACGAGCUGCGUGCCGCCGGCCUGGACGAGCGGGCCUACGUGGAGCGGCUGGUCAGCAUCCUGCGGCAGUAUCGGUACCCGGAGAUCAGGGUGCCCCGGAUGCGGCGGUUCCUGGUGCAGCAGGCCGUGUGGCUCGUGACGAGCUCGUCUUCCGCACUCUACGCGGGGCUGCUCCGGGAGCUCGGGAUGGAGCGGCUGCUCGAGUCCGUCGCCGACACCACGUCCGAGCUCGAGUGCUACCACGUCUUCUCCGGCAGCGUGGCCAUCGGCAAGCACCGCGAGAACUUCUCCGCCAUCGUGGAGUCUGCGCUCCAGCUCAUCUCCGGAGGGGACGCUGCUGCUGCUGCUGCUGGAGGAUCGUGGACCGAGUGAAACGGAAGAUUGCAAUGACGCUCCGGUAUGGAGGGAUCCAUUCACGAAAUGGGAUUGCAUAAUUAAGGGAGUUGAGCAUUUCCUUCUUUGUUCUGUUUAUUGCCCAGCACGAUAUGUUCUUUUUGAGAGAGACAGGGAGUUGCCCAUCAAUGUGAUGGCGUGUAAGAAGAGAUAAAAAUAUGGGAGAUUAGGGAGUUCAGCAUGGUAUAUGACGAUACAGCCAUACGUGUAUAGCUUUUUUCUCCGGAAUUUGUAUACUACUGUGCUAGUACUAUAGUGAUACGAGUACAUCUGUUCCAGUUUGUCCU